AUGUCCCUGUUCGGGAACACACCUUCUGCCGGUGGUGGUGGCGGGCUAUUUGGCUCCUCCACCGCCAAUAAACCCAGUCUUUUUGGUUCGAAUACAGGCACGACCGGUACCCAGCCUAGCGGAGGAGGAUUGUUCGGUUCGACGCAGAAUAACCAGGGUGCGACUGGUGGUACUGAUGGUGGAUUGUUUGGUUCGACACCGCAGAAUAACCAACAAGGUGCUACGGGAGGUGGCUUGUUUGGAUCGACGACGAACCAGCAGAGUUCGGCCGGCGGUGGUGGGUUAUUUGGGUCUUCGACGACGCAGAACCAGCCCUCUGGCGGUGGUUUGUUCGGUUCCUCUACAACGCAGAAUCAGCAGCCUUCUGGGGCCGGCCUGUUUGGUUCUACAACGACACAGAAUCAGCCCUCCGGUGGUGGUGGUGGUGGUGGUGGUGGUGGUUUGUUUGGCUCAUCGACAACGCAGACUCAACCUUCAGGCGGAGGCUUGUUCGGAUCUACGACUCAGCAGAAGCCUGCUAGUGGCCUCUUUGGCGGCGGCGGAUUAGGUGGUCAGCAACAGCAAACCGGAGGUGGUCUCUUUGGCGGUGGACAACAACAACAACAACAACAACAACAACAACCACAAACUGGCGGCGGUUUAUUCGGGACUAGCACACAACAGCAACCUCAACAGCCAGUGCAACAGAGUAUGUUCGGAAAUACUUCAUUGGGUGGCCAGCCACAGCAGGGACAGCAACCUCAAUUGGGACAGAGCACUGCGCAGCAACCGGGGUCUAGUCUUUGGUCGCCAGGUCGUGCUGUGACGGGAGUGCACAGAACCGUGCCGAUGCAGAUGCAAAUUAUCAAGGACAAAUGGGAGAGCACGAACUUUUCUUCUCCCUUUAGAACAUACCUGUACAACAACGUUGGCGAAGAUGCGGCACCCUUCUAUCAACCCGGUCCUGAGGACGACGAGGCAAAAUGGGAAGAAGCUUUGCGGCAGAGACCUUCGUCAGGAAACGUGCCUGUUCUUGUGAGAGGAUUUUGGGAAUUGGGAAAGCGCGCCCAGAGGCAAAAGGACUUCUUGACCAUGAUGCAAAACCGUCUCCACGAAAUCAACAACUGCCUCUCUGACUUACUCUCCCGCCAUGACUUGAAGAUCUCCGUCAAGAUUGCCGACUGCCGGCGAAAGCAUAUCGUCCUGAGCAAGCGAUGCCUUGCGCUCGCAGCCAAGACGCAAGUUCUGCGAAACCGUGGCUACGCGAUGGAUGAUUCAGAAGAAGAACUGAAGAAGAAGCUUGCCCAGCUGGAGCGUUCUGUCUUUGACCCAACACUGAAUGGACGUGGAGAGGAAAUCUGGGCGCGGAUGCUGGCGAUCCGUGAGCACUCGAAGCGUCUGCAGGUUGAGAUGGACCGGGCUGGUGCGAAUGCGGUUACGCAUAGUGAGGAUGAACUGGACGAGAAUACCAUGAAGACUGUCAAGAAGAUCCUUGACGAUUACCACGCUCAGAUCCAUCACUUGCAGAAGGAAUUGAGUUCGGUCAAGAAAGACUAUGAGGAGGCACAGAAGGCGCAGGGACUUGCCGAUUAG